GUGAGUCGCAGUAAAUCCUAUUGUGAUGGUAAACUGAAAUUCGGAGAGAGAGAGAGCAGUCCUGUUUUAGCUCUGGUCUUGUUUCAGUUUGAGGAAUAAAGCGGUGUUUCGGACUUCCUCCUCUCAGUAACCUGUUGCCGCUCCUCACAGCCUCGGUAGUUUUGGUUGGAGUCUGCCGGAGAACCAGCCUCUCUCUAAGGAAUGCACUUUGCAGGACCCGCAGCCCGGUGCUCGGACACCUCCUUCCUUCUUUUUCUUAUAGAGAAGUUUUAAAUGAAUGAAGGAAAUGCGCUCGUGAAGGAUAACCGGUUUUCCGCAGUCCGGUCCCCCCCUCAGUCCGCCGGGCCGCCGACGGGCUGAGGAGCCAGCAGCCGGGAUACAGCGCUCCCUGGCCGGCAUGGAGAACGGAGUCCGGGCGGGGCUCCGGCAGCAGGCGGGCGGCUGGGUGCUGCUGGAGGCCCGGCUGCAGGGCGGAGCGCCCUGGGGCUUCACCCUGCAGGGAGGCCUGGAGCACGGAGAGCCGCUCAUCAUCUCCAAGGUAGAGGAGGGCGGUAAAGCCGACAGUUUGGACCAGCCUCUGCUGACGGGGGAUGAGAUCGUCAUCAUCAACGACGUGGAGCUGACCGGGUUCAGACAGGAGGCCAUCGCUCUGGUCAAAGGGUCCUACAAGACUCUGCAGCUCACCGUCCGCAGGGAGUUGGAUCCAGGAUACAUCAAGGAGUUUGGUACUUCACGUCCCUCCCUGCCUGCUCUUCCUCCUCCAUCCACUCUAUCACCGUCACCCCCAUCACCCCCAUCACCACAAACACCACCCUCAUCCCACCACAGUACACCAUGCUCGUCAGGAGGAGUUCAACUGCGCAUCAAGAAAAGACGCAGUGAGCCAGCGUCUCGGCCUCACUCCUGGCACUCCACAAAGCUGGGGGAGGGUCCGCAGCAGGUGGACCGGGGCGGGAUGGACACCAUGAGCAGCGCCUGGCACCACAACUACCACGCCAGUGCCUCCACCACAGACCUGUCCGGGGGCUACGACUCCGGCGGCAGCUCCCUGAGGAAGAGUCCGGACCAGUACAGCUCGAGGGGCAGCAUGGACAGCCUGGACCCCCCCCAGUCCACUCACCUUAACCCCGGAGCUCAGAACCACCACACAAACAGCGGACCCCACCCCGCCUACUCCUCCUGCCACCAGCUUUCCUCUGCCAGGUCCUCCAACAGCAUCGACCACCUGCACAGCAAGCGAGACUCCGCCUACUCCUCCUUCUCCACCAGCUCCAGCAUCCCAGAGUACCUGGCCUCCACGCCUUCCUUCAGCCCGGAGCGCUCAUAUUCUCUCGAGACGGUCCUUCAGAGAGAGAGAAGAGGUGGAGACAUGCAGCAGGCGGACGUGUGCUACGCCCAGACGGUGUAUGACGUCCAGAGGGGCCACGAACACCAGCUGAGCUCCACCUCCGCCGCAUUGCUAAGCAACAGAGAAUCCAGAGGCGAGGGAGAAGCGAGGCCGGGGCACAGCCGAGAGCUACAAGGUGGGGUCUGUUACCGUGGCAGCAGCAGUGGCAGCAGCAGCAGUGGCAGCAGCAGUGGGGGUGUACCGGCAUCACAAAGACACAGUGUGGGGCCAAUAUGGGGCCCCUCAGCCAGCCGCAGCUCAUACGAGAACCUGAAGGGGGCGCCAGCUCCACCGAUGCGCAGCGAUAGCUACGCAGCCAUCAGGAACCACGAGAGACCCAACUCCUGGUCCAGUCUGGAUCACGCCCGCUCACUACGGUCUCUGCAGAAAGGUUCCUGGCAUCACUCCAGUGGCCCUGUAGCAUCAAGUGCAGCUAAAUGCUCGUACGGGGCCGAGGGCCAGCUCCACACCGUGAUAGAGAAGAGUCCGGAGAGCAGCCCCACCAUAAAGCCCCGGCUGGGCGGAGGCUUUCCCAGCCCCCCCUCCUGUCCUGGCCCUACCUCUGGACCUGCAGGCCCCGGCCCCCAGCUCAUUGUGCCCACAGGGAUACACCCUGUCCCCCAACAUCAGCCCCUCAAUGCAAAGAUACCCGGUCCUAUCCAGGGGCCAGGCUCCUUGGGAGGCUACCCUGCUCCCACCCAGCAGCAGCAGGGCAUCGAGGGGAGAGAGGAAGGAACAACCGAGGGACGGGAGGAAAGAAGGAUAUCAGCUACAGAAAACGGAUACCAAAACAACCCUUCUUCUUUACUGUACUCCUAUCCCUCUUCUUCAACAGCUCCCUUCACUCAGCCCAGGCCUCGAGCACAACAGGCAGACAGGCCUUACCAGGAAGAGUCUUACUCUGAACUCUACAGACCCUACAUGAAAACAGCUAGAGAUCCAUCAGAGGAACACACAACCCGCCAGGGACCUCAUGGUCAAAGCUUCCAAGGGUCCCAAAUUCAAACAAGCAAGAGACCCCACAGCUUAGUGUUCCAGGAAGAGAGCCAGGAUUUCAAUAUUCCCCACAUCCAAUCGGCCGCUGGACACAGGGCCCCAUCCUCAGAAGAAUGGAGGGACCCCUGCAUACCUGUCCAGUCGAGGGGAGACAGGAGAAGAUCAAUGGACCAGACCAGUACUCUUUCAGAGCCAGUGACAUCACCUAGGCUCGCACAGGGACAGGUUCUUCCUACCCACACACCUGCUCCCCUCUCCUGCCCCCCCCCUUUUCCCAGUUACCUCAGUGACUGGGACCACCAAGAGGAGGACAAAGACAGAGAACACCCACUGACCCGUCUGGAGAUCGCCCUUGCUGAGGUCCAGCGAGGCUCUAGCCCCAACAGUGUCAUCUCUGCAGGUAGCCAUGGCAACAGCAGCGUUGGCGAUGGCAGCCAGGGACCUGUACGCAGCCUCUCUGUCCUGGAGAAGGUCAGUCGCUUUGAGCGUCGGGAACGCACCGGGAAGCAGCGCAGUCACAGCACCACCACCGCACAGGACAAAGCCUCACAUCUGAGGAUGACUGAGAAGGGUCGUAACUCCCCAUGUGGACCAGAUGACCUCAGAAAUAUGCUGGAGAGAAGCAACAGCAGGACUAAAGCCCACCGGACUCUGAGCUACAGAGGAGGCAGCAGUGAACACCCAAAAUACAGGACCCCAGCAGAUCCCAGUUCAGCCCUCCAGAGGAGCCGCAGCACCUUCCAGCUUGUUGAAUCCAGAGAGGUCGACAGCAGUAAAGAAUUCCCCUGCAUGCAGGACAUACUGGGCCCCAUGGGGGACACGUCCUUCAACAGAUCUUACAGGGACUCUUUGAAAGAUGCCCAGUCUAAGGUCCUGGGUUCCACCUCCUUCAGAAGGAGAGACCUGCGCUCUUCAAUCAGCCCUACACCUCCUCCAACUCCCCCUCCCACAGCUCCUCCUCCCGUCUCCUCCUCUAUCACCGAUCAGACUCAACAUGUCUCUGCCAAGAACCACUCGCUGGAAAAGAAAGGUCCAAAAACCAUGCCCAAACCACAGGGUGUCGUCAUGGCACCACAGCUGCUCCCCCUGGUCACUUCCCUUCACACUCCAAAGGAGCGGCAUGUGGUCAACCCGGAAACUAGAGGCCCGAGCCCCCCUGCCCUCCCCAAUGUCCCACCAGUUGGUCCUCCUGGUCUGACGAGAAUCUGCGGCCGCAAACGUCUGAAUUUAGACCAAAAGAAGCGAUCAUACUCUGAGCCAGAGAACAUGAAUGAGGUCGGGGUUUCAGAUGCUGAGACUGCUGCCCUCUUCAGGCGUGGAGGAGAUACCAGCGUGGCAGACCGUCGGAGGAUGUUUGAGCUGGAGGCAAAUCGAGUCGGGGGCGGGCCUCUGCAAAAUGCCACUUCAAGGCCCGACUUGCGACAGCUUCAGCACGACGCUCUGGCUGAUUACAUGGAGAGGAAGAGAAGCGUGAAAAGAGACAAGGGAGGACAGAGGAGUGGACUGAGGCCCCGGAGUGCUUAUCUACAGCCUGAAACCAGCAACCAUACAGCGUCCUACUGUCAAUCAGACACCCGCAGUCUCUCCCCCACCUCCAGCCUGCUCUCCCUCCAGGACUCUGUUGCAGAUCGAAGCUUCUCCUCCUGCUCCGCCCUCCCUCCUGGAGAGGACCUGUGGAGCCUCCAGUCCAACCUCUUCUACCCAGGCAGGGUGACCACUCCAAGGCCAGCAUCGCACUCAUCUACUGGGUGGAGGGCUAUCCCUGUGGUCCAGACUAAAAUACAGUAUCUCAACAACAUGGACUGCUAUGAACGACUUCAGACCUCCAGCAGUUCAAAUGCUUCUUCUGACUCCCUCCCUGAGCUCCAGCACGGGUUCCUCCAGGACGGGCUCCUCCAGGAUGUCCCUCCUGAAGCAGGGCUCAGGAGACAGACCUCCAGCAGCAAAGACGUGCAGCAGUCUGCCUCAGAGCACCCCCUCCACCUGGGCCUGUCCGAGCAGCUGAACGGGGCUCUGCAGAGGGCCGGCUCCGCUCGAGGCUCGGGGAGGUCAGCCUCCACUGAGGACCUCCUGGAGAGGUCUGAGGAAAGACAGAUGACUCCUCAACACUGCCGCUCACGCUCCUCCCCUACAGCCCAGAGACUCCAUCAGGACCCUGCAGGUGACGGCAGGAUGUUGGGGGUCUGUUAUCCUGAACCUGGACGCCCCUCUCUGGCUGAGGACAGACCUGCAGUGGUCCAACUAUCAGAUGGACUCUUCUCUCUGCGAGGCUCCAGAACCAGUCUGAACUCCGUCCAGCCUGCAGGACCUUCACAAGACCCAGGCUCCUCCCACACUCCUGUCACUUGUAGGGAGCGACAGAGGCUCAGCGAGCGGCAGAGAGCCAGCAGCACCUCCACCUUGGCGGCCUCUGUGGGCCUGCCCUCCCCCCUCUCCCCCCCUGGAGCUCUGGACAGUGGCAGCGCUGAGUGGCAUGCAAGUGAGCGGCUGAGCCAGGCCAACCUGGACGCCAUCACCUUCCCCGGAACACUCAGCAACACGACCCUGGUGACGGAGGGACAGACCAGACACAGUUUCAGUGACUCCAGAGGAUUAGAAGACACUGCGGGAGACAUGUGUAGAGAGAGAGCGUCCAGUUUAGACAUGAUAGCAGGGUGUUCUGCAGAAAACAGCAAACAAGUUUCACCGGUGAUGCCAACACACCUGCCCCAUAUCCAGCUGGCAUCCCCACCAAACAGGAAGGACAGCAGAACCACUCCAUCGUCUCCGCCCCCAUCCUACCAUCCGUCCAUCCCCCAGCACCUGUCCUCCCUGCGGAUCUCUGAGUCCAGCCUCUUCAGCUCCAGCGACCAGCCGCAGCCGGUAGAGUCUACGCCAGGCCGACCGCUGGACGACUUUGAUGAGGUGUUCCUUCAAAAUCCUGACCCUCCAUCACCACAUAUCAAAGAGACAAGCCUCCUGGAGGACUUCCCUCCUCCUCCUCCCCUGAAGUUGGAGGAGGAAGCUGGACACCAGACUGUUGGGAGUCCAAGCAUGGAGUUCUUAAACAACUCCCUGCCCUCCCCUCCAUUGUCACCUUCUUCCUUCUCAAUUCCUCUGUCUGAACCCAUCCUCCUUCCUAGCCUGACGCCACAGCCCUCAACCUUCACCACAUCCACCCAACCCUUGGACAGCCUCAGUCUGGAGUACCAGCACCUGCCCAGGAGGGAGAAGACCUGGGACGAGCUGCGAGUGGAGGCGCUGGCCCGGCAGCUGGUGUUGCAGGACAGCUCUCUGGCGCCCCUCCUGGACACGUGGGGGGGUAAAUCCACCGUAGAGCUUAUGGAGGAGACUUUUCCAAACAGCAGAUUGGUUGGUAACUCACUGUGGCAAGGCAGUGGCAGAUUGGAGGACAGGAUCCAAGAUGGCGUCUGUGAUCCUGCACAGAGCUCGGCGGCUGCUCCAGGGAAAGAGACAGAUCUGGAUGAGCAUGAGAAGGACCUGAACACCAAGAAGUUGGAGCUGUGUGAGGCUCUGCGGGGCAGCUUGGCGGCGCUGCGGCAGGAGAAGGAGGCGCUGAGUGAGGAGCAGAGGGGGCACCAGGAGCUGGGGGCCGGCGUGGAGACGCUGCUGCAGGGACACCUCAGACCCAACGAGAGGGACAAGUACAGCAUGUUCAUAGGGGAUCUGGAGAGGAUGGUCAACCUGCUGCUGUCUCUGUGCAGCCGGCUGUCCAGGAUCCACAGAGCUCUGCUGGCUCUGGAGAGAGAGGAGCAGACGCAGGAGGACAAGGCCAGCGAGAGGGACUGCCUCCAUCACAAGCGCUCUCUGCUCCUCGCUCAGACCGAAGACGCCCGGGAGCUGAAGGACAACCUGGACCGGCGGCAGCGAGUGGUCCACACCAUCGUGUCCAGCUACCUCACUGAGCCGCAGCUCCAGGACUACCAGCGCUUCGUCAGCACCAAACCAUGCCUUCUGAUUCGCCAGCGGCACCUGGACGAGCUCAUCCGGCAGGGGGAGGAGCAGCUGACGCGAUUAGCUGAGAGCCUGCCACAGGAGCUGGCAGAGGCCCGCGGUUGGUCGAGAGGGUGUCUGUUCUCGUCAUCUAGCAUCGCCCACUGGUCCUCUGCUUAUCAACCUGCUGUGAUUCCAGGCCCCGCCCACUUAGUCAGGUCCACCACUGUGACUUCACUGUGAUGUCACAGACAAUUGCAAGUAGCAGGGUGGGAAGGAUUGACUUUUGGCUCCAUAAAGAGAAGGAGCUUUAAUGAAGGAAGAGUAAACAACUAUGCAGACUUUACACAUGAAGAAUAAACUCCUUUAAUGUGCCUCGUUCUAUAAACACUUGACUGUAUGUUAACCUCACCGAAACAUCAGCAACCCACGCUGUGGCUCAACACAACUUUUUUCACAUCUUCACAAGAAAUGAUUUAGAUCAGAGAAAAUGGGUCACCCGAAAAAUGUAUUCUCACUUGCCUCUGAGGGUGUCUGAAGACCCGAAGGGAUUUAAUAAAACUAGCUAUAAUACUGCAGACUGAUUCGACAACAUUAGCACCCUGAUAUAAAUGUAACAUAAGAAAAGCCACGAUCACUCUGGAAUUGUCCUUACACCACCCUGACGGUGCUUUCAGGAACCUUAUUCAGACGUUCUUCCAGGAACUUUUUCUUCAGUAAACUGGUGUUUUUUUAAGACAAAAUAUUAUCAUCUUCAGAAUAAGAUAUCAUUUGUCAUCUUGUUAAAUAUUUAGGGAUUUUAACAAAAUCAGCCCAGUUUUUGCACAUGUACAGUCAAAGUAAAUGAACACCAAAAUUAAAGGGGCACUGUUUUUAUUUUACUGCUACGAGAAGAAUCAAAACUGAGUGUGCAGAUCCUGAAGAGUAACUGAUCACUGUCACAUGCUACUGUAACACUGCUACUGUAACACUGCUACUGUAACUCUGCUACUGUAACACUGUUACUGUAACACUGUUACUGUAACUCUGCUACUGUAACACUGCUACUGUAACACUGUUACUGUAACACUGCUACUGUAACACUGUUACUGUAACACUGCUACUGUAACUCUACUGUAACACUGCUACUGUAACUAUACUGUAACACUGCUACUGUAACUCUGCUCCUGUAACACUGCUACUGUAACACUGCUACUGUAACUCUACUGUAACACUGCUACUGUAACUAUACUGUAACACUGCUACUGUAACUCUGCUACUGUAACACUGCUACUGUAACACUGCUACUGUAACUCUACUGUAACACUGCUACUGUAACUCUGCUCCUGCAUCGAUAACUGUUGUUGCAGACCUUACACUGAAUUAUGUUUUCCUUGUGCCUCUUUAAACGCUGAUGUGAUGAAACAUUUGAUGUCAAAAAUGGAGUUUGUAUUCCAAAGAUGUUCACAGGAUGAGUUGUUUGCAUCAACAUUGUUUAAUUUUGGAUGUGAUUUUAUGGUUUUUUUUCCCUGUUCAAAGUUUCAAGAUUAGCAAGAGCCACAACUGAAUCCCAAAAUCUUAAAUUCUGAAUAAUCGCUUAUUCAGUUUCUGAUCAAUUGGUCAGAUAUUUAAUCCAUAAAAUACCAAGAAUUUCAAAUUCCACAAUUAACUAUGUCAACAAAUAUUUAACGUAUAUUAUAAAAGAAAAACAGAAAGGAAGCAACAAUUAAACAAUCAAUGAAAAUGCUGACAGAUGUCCCGUAAAUCACCUGAAUCCUUAAACUCGCUCAGUUUCAGCUGCUGAAACUAUGAAAGAUGAACGUUUUUUUGUAUUAUUGUAUUUCAUUAGUGUUGUUUGUUUGUAUAUGUGAAAUAAAGCAAUGUUUAGUAAUCUA